UUAAUUUGGCGGUGAAGAUUUUUUUUUUUUACCUUCUAUUAAUUUAAACAAUGCAAGGCAAGUGACAGAGUUAGCAUACAGCAACUUCUCUUUCUUUUUUGGUUCAUCAAGGCCAAACAGUUAAGUUGUUAUGGACACUAUUGCUGCAACUAUUGCCUUCCUGCUGUUGAUGUCCUCAUCAGCAGCAGCUAUAAGAGCUGAAACACAACCACCAAAGCAGAAAGUAACACUUGGCACCUCACUUUCCACCAAUGGUACUCCAUGGCUUUCCCCUUCCCACCUCUUUGCAUUUGGCUUUUAUAAGCAUGACCGUGGAUUUUUCCUUGGAAUUUGGUUGGUUAGCACGGUGGAGGAAACAGUGGUAUGGACUGCAAACCGAGAUGAUCCUCCUGUGACCUCAAAUGCAAAUCUACAACUUACAGUUGAUGGUAAGCUAAUACUAAUAGAGAAAGGACAAGAGAAGCUUAUUGCUAAAUCUAAUGGAACAGCUUCCUUUGCCUCCAUGCUUGAUUCUGGGAACUUUGUACUGUACAACAAUAACUCCCAGGUCGUAUGGCAGAGUUUUGAUCACCCAACGGAUACUAUGUUGGGGGGUCAAUCUCUGCCUUGUGGAGGUCAACUGUUCUCUAGUUUAUCAGGGACUAACCCCUCAACUGGAAGGUUUCGACUCAAGAUGCAGGAUGAUGGAAAUCUUGUUCUGUAUCCAGCAAACACUACGGACACAGCAAGGGAUGCUUACUGGGCCACUGGUACUGAUGACCGUCAUGGUUCUCCCAAGAAUCGCCUUUACCUUAACAACACAGGUUUACUGCAGAUCAGGAAUAGAAGUGAUUCGAACAUUAAAGAUCUUCAUAUGCUUGGUGGUUCAAAUUUGGCUAAUAGGAGCCAGAACAUUUAUCGUGCAACCCUGGAAUUUGAUGGGGUUUUACGGCUGUAUGCUCAUGUUUACAAUGGCAGUGGCAAAAAAAUCGCAUUGUGGCCGGAUGGCAGUGCAUGUCAAGUAAAGGGUUUUUGUGGCUUCAACAGCUACUGCACAUUCAAUGACGACCAACCAGUGUGCAAUUGUCUUGCAGGGUUUGAAUUCAAAGAUGCAAAUCAAGAGACACUUGGCUGCCAAAGGAACUCAUCAAAAGCUGAGUGUACAAGUGAGAAAGACAGUUUAGCCCAUUAUAACAUGGCCUUGAUGAACAAUAUUGAAUGGGAGGAUCAUCCUUAUUUCGAGGCUGAGAUGUCAGAGGAAGAAGAAUGCUCCUCUGCAUGUUUGGCAGAUUGCAGCUGUUGGGCUGCACUGUAUCAAAAAAAUAGAUGCAAGAAACAUGGGCUGCCUUUGAGAUAUGUCAAAAGGACAGGGCUAGAUGAACCUGUCCCACCCAUGGCAUUCUUAAAAGUGGGAAACAGCAGCCUCACAAACCAAAAACCUAUAUCAACACAACCAGCACCUCUAAUCCAGAGUUCAAGUAACAAAGCAGUGGUGCAUGUAAUUGUUGUCAUAUUGAUAUUUACAUUGUUUUUAUGUUCAAUGAUUGCAAUCUCCAGCCAUUACAUGUACAAAAUUAGAGUAUUAAGCUACAAAAGGCUGGCAGAGACUUGGAACUUGGGUUUGAAUGAAGAGGUAGCUCUGAGAAGGUUUUCAUACAAUGAGCUUAAAAGGGCAACUAAUCAUUUCAAAGAAGAGUUGGGUAAGGGCUCUUUUGGAGCAGUUUACAAGGGGGCCUUAUACAAAGGUAGGAGACUGAUUGCAGUGAAGAGGCUAGAGAAGUUAGUGGAAGAAGGAGAAAGGGAGUUUCAAGCAGAGGUGCGGGCCAUCGGAAAAACCCACCACAGGAACCUGGUUCGGUUGCUGGGAUUUUGUGCUGAAGGUUCCAAAAGACUUCUGGUUUAUGAAUACAUGAGCAACGGUUCACUUGGGCAGCUUAUCUUUGGUGAUCAAAGACGUCCAGAUUGGGAGGAGAGAGUAAGAAUAGCACUGAACAUUGCAAGAGGGAUCCUCUAUCUCCAUGAAGGAUGUGAGGCACCAAUCAUUCAUUGUGACCUCAAGCCUCAAAACAUUUUGAUGGAUGAGUUUUGGACUGCCAAGAUAUCUGAUUUUGGGCUGGCAAAACUUCUAAUGCCAGAUCAAACCAGAACCUUCACAGGGGCUAGAGGGACAAGAGGGUACAUGGCCCCAGAGUGGAACAAGAACACCCCAAUAUCAGUGAAGGCAGAUGUUUACAGCUAUGGAAUUGUGCUGUUGGAAAUUUUAUGCUGCAGAAGAAACAUCGAAAUUAAUGUCUCAGAACCUGAGGAGGUUCUUCUCUCUGGUUGGUCCUAUAAGUGCUUUGUAGCUAAAGAGUUAAAUAAGCUUGUUCCUUGGGAAGCCAUAAAUAAAAAUGUUCUGGAAAAUAUGGUUAAGGUGGCACUUUGGUGUAUCCAAGAUGAACCUGUUCUCAGGCCAGCAAUGAAGAGUGUGGUGUUGAUGUUAGAAGGGAUUACUGACAUAGCAAUUCCUCCUUGCCCAAAUUCAAGUUCUAUGUGAUUUUUGUCGGUGAAGAGCAUGUUGCAGCUUUACAGCGUUCAUGGGGUUCUCAGUUGUUUUUUAAGUUCUGUCGUGUAUGUUUAGUUUCCUUUCAGUUCCUGAGCUUGUCUCUUAGACCUGAGUUGAGAUGAGACAAUAAGGUAGCAAGCCAAAAGCUAAUGUAGUUAUUUCCUAUGUUAAUUCAUGUUUUAGCAGUAGGUAGUAUUUUCUUAAAGUUAUCAAUUUGAAUGAGUAA